GUUACACUACAGCCGUGGAAUCGAUCGCAUCGAUACCUACAUUGUAGUUGGUUUUCAUGACAGAACUUGGACAAUAUUCUUUCAAAUAAAUGGUUUCUUGUUAGUGAUAUAAAAGUGAAAGAAGUUUUAUUCUUACCGCAAGUUGCCAACAGUAUUAGAUACUUUGUUUGAACUUUAUACUCUACUUCGCAUUCCCAACGUCGGGUGAUCGCAGAUAGCAGUCGGCAAAAUACUUUUUAACCGGAAUCGAGAUAACGCAUCAAUGAAUUUGCAAGAUAACCGCACAUACUUGAGUAUACUUAUUUAAAUCAAGUUCAUCAUUUUCAAAAUCUGCAUAUACUCAAAGUGAAAAAGUAUUAAUGACAGGGGAUGAUCGAGAUCAUAUUUAUACACACUUGAAACAUUGAAUUCUCACGCCACAGUACGAAGAUUGAAGAUUGAAACCAUGAAGUUCUUUUGGGAGCUGUGCGUUUUAAUACUGCUUCCGAUUGCAUCUUACCAGCUUUCAAGCCCUACUUCACCAAGUUACAUCGGAGCUGUUGUUGAGUACAGUCCAGUGCAUCAGUCCCAGAAUGAGAAAAGCAUCAGUGUUCUCAACGCGGAAAAUUAUUUGAAAUUCAUAGUGAAAGCUUCUCAAUAUGCUGUCGACGUCAUCGUAUUUCCCGAGUCCAGCUUGUCAAUGUCCUCUUCAAGCAACGAGACGAUAGCUCGAACCGAAGCUGCUUCUUAUAUUCCAGAUCCUCAGGAUAAUGUGGUUCCUUGUUACGAUGAUAAGGAAAAAUAUGCAACCAGUCUAAAACUGAUAUCUUGUGCGGCGAAUGAACACCGAAUGUACGUAGUAGUAAAUCAUCGUGAAAAAGUAGACUGCAGUGGAGAUGGCUGCCCAGCUGAUGGUUUUCUGACUUACAACACUAACGUUGCUUUCGACAGAAGAGGACAGGUCAUCGCGAGGUACAGAAAGUACAAUCUCUUCGGUGAAAGAGGCACAAAUAUAACAUCGGAACCAAUACCAUCCACUUUUACAACGGAUUUCGGAGUUACUUUCGGCCUGUUCAUUUGCUUCGAUAUUCUGUUCCAAACGCCAACUCUGAACUACACUCGUAAUCUCGGGGUCACGGACAUUAUUUUCUCAGCUCAUUGGUUUUCCGAACUGCCCUAUUUGUUCAGUGUAGAAGCUCAAGCUGCUUGGGCCUAUGCAAAUGACGCGAACCUGCUUGCUGCGGGUUACAACUACCCAAGAACUGCCAGUGGAGGAAGUGGAAUCUACAUUGGUAGAAAAGGAUACUCUCACGUCAUUUAUGAAAACAAAGCAUCGAACGUACUUGUCGUAUCGGAAAUUCCGAAAGUAAUUAACGGAAAACGAUCUUUAAACAUAAAUCAAAAUAUGGUACAAACUUAUGAAUUCAAGACCGCAGAAAUAUCGACAACUGAAGAAAACAGAACCGGAAUAUAUCUGCACAAAACGGACAAGCUAAAGCCUUACACAACAGAAUUGAUCGACCUCACGCAAAGUGUGCAGAACAAAACGAUUUGCGAUAGAGGACUGUGCUGCCAGAUAAACCUGAAACUUAAGUUUGACGAAAGCCUUGUAAAAACUGACACCAAUUAUUACAGGUACCGAUUCUCAGUCUUCAAUGGAGUGCGUUCCUUCGACGGAGUAGCUACAGGGGGAGUCAAAACUUGUGGUAUAAUCCACUGCACAGACGACACCUUCGAAGGCUGUGGUCAGAUAUUCGAUCUGACCGGGAACAACGUCAAGCCGACUACGUUCGAAUCGAUAGAGGUUUUAAUGCAAGAAGUGGAUAAACAAAAUACCUUCUACAUGCCAAUCACGUUUGCGAAGGAUAUAAAGCCUUUGAACGCAAGUGGCUUCUUUUUUGACUCCGUUGAUUCUGAUGAAGCUGUAAACCACUACAUGAGAUUAACAAAACCGAAUGAUGACCUGUUGACUUUUGCUAUUUAUGGCAGAAACUUCCGUUUGGAUGGCACUGAGGCAUCUGCAUCUUCUGUGAUCUUUGUUGCUCCGCUACUAAUUUUGUCAACUAUUUUGGCUACGUUUUUGGUGAUGUGUUAAUAGUUUAGAUAGAUUAAUUAAAUUUCAUGUUACAAAAAUUAUGAUCUACAUAUAUUUUAUUCUAAUAAAACCUUGUUGAAAUCAAACUUCAAAA